AUGAGCUCCGCGCUGAGGGACCUCAUCCUGAACACCCGGGUGCCGCUGAUCCUGGACCAGUUCCCGCUGGAAUGGGAGUGCUUCGAGGGCUCCCUGCACGACUGGUGCGAGCGGUUCGACCAGGAGGCCACCGAUCCGCCGGCCUUCGAGCUGAUGUCCCUGACGGACAGCAGGACGCCGCAGUGGGAGCGCAAGCGGACGAAGGCCACUCACAUGGGCAUGCAGGAGUUCCUGCGGGAGUAUGGAGUCCUGGAGGAGGAUCACACCCACUGGGCGGCGUACCAGUACAAGAGGGCCCACGAAAUGCCGGCUAGUUGCUUGAAAGGCAUCGAUUUCUCCUGCUUUGGUUUCCCCGAGCACGGCAACGACUUCAGCCUCUGGCUGGGAUCGGAGCAGGCCAACACGCCAUGUCACUACGACACCUUCGGCGUGAAUAUCGUGGUCCAGGUGCACGGCUGCAAGUCCUGGCUGCUCUUCCCGCCCGAAACGCCGCUGCAGAGCACUAGGAUUCCCUACGAAGAGUCCAGUGUCUACUGCCUGGACAACUUCUAUGCCCCGGAUCCGCAGAAGAUGAGGAGCUAUGAGGAUCUAGGCAGAGAGGCCUACCACUGCAACCUGCAGGCAGGCGAUGUGCUCAUCGUUCCACGUCACUGGUGGCACUACGUGGAGGCCAUGUCCACGUCGCUGAGCGUCAACUACUGGGUGCCGCUCAAGGUGGACAUGGACUUGGCACUCGAUGAGUUCCUGGUCAAGCACAUCGUGGAAAGCUUCGUCAAGGGGGAGAGUGAUGAGAUAAAGGAAUACCUCCUCAAUCCCAACCAGCUGGAGGACAUUUCCAGCAAGCCGAGUGAACUCUUCGCCCAAUUUGAGCAGGCGGUGAAGAAUAUGGAAGGCGGUCAGAGCAAGCGGAAGCUCUGGGAAUCGGAUUACCUCAGUCAAGCGGACUGGAAAACCCUGCUGGACAGUAGUAACCUCACUGUGCGACCUCUAGAAGUGAUGCCCCACGAUGAAUACAAGCUGCUGCUAAACGCCAACUCCAAGAGGUUCCAAAUCCAGAGUCAACCAGAGAUAGUUCCUCCCAUCAGUUCCACCUGGGAGCUCCUAGUGACCAGCAUGUGUGCUCCGCGUGUGAUUGCCGGAAUGAAGAGGGAGUUCUUCCGUAGACUGCAACAAAGUGACCCUUCGUAGCUUAUAAUACAAAAAGAUCUUUAGAGAUAACGUUUACUAUGAUGCGUGAUAAUAUUGUUGCAUAUGUGAGAUUAAAAUCCAAUAAGCCAUCAACAUG